AUGGGGUUAUCAUACCACAUCAUCGUUCGUAAGGCCAACAUUACGUCCUUAGGAAACGUGUUAUCGUUUCAAUACCUAGUUCAUGUUUUUAAAGGAGAUUUUAGACCACGCAACAGUGUCUAUGAAAUAACGGAGCUUGAUGUGUCCAAGACGAGUGCUGCAGAUAUGCAAGGUUCUACUACCAGAGCUGAUGGUGAGAGUUAA